CUCAGCCUUGGUAACUCCGCUCUUCAAUGAGAGAGAGAAAGAGAGAGAGAGAGAGAGAGAAUAGAGUAGUUGCAUGGCUCUUUUUACAUGACAAGCAACCAAUAGAUAUGGUCUAAUACAAGCAAAGCAACCUCUUUGGAGGAAAUAGAGAGAGACCCAUUUCUUUCCUUUCUUCCAAGACUUCAAGAAAUUAUAAGUUUCUUCAGUUAUAGAGAGAGAAUUGAAAGAGAUGGCAAUGGGGGGAUAUUACAAGGGAAAUGGGGGAAAUAAUGGUGGUGGUGGGAAUAGAGGAAGGCCAUACGCGUUGAUGUUGCUUAUUGCAUUUGGGGCGGCGUUGGUUGGGGUGAUGGUGCUCCACAAGCUCAGAGAGAGGCGGAUCUUCAGCCUUCUUCUCAAAGAGAAAGAUCAUCAGCUCUUGUCUCUUCAGCUUCUCCUGCAGAAUGAAAGAGAUCACUCCAAGGAAAUGAAAAGGAAGAACGAAGAGAUGAAAGCAAAGAUAUAUUCGCUUAGAACCCAAAAGAUGGAGCUUGAUAGAAGAAUUCUGGAGAAGCAGUCUACUAUUGAUUCACUAAAAGAUGAACAAAGAGCCGUGGAGUCUGCACUCGAAGAGAAGCAGAAAGAAAUUAAAAUGCUAAGAGAGAAAGAGAUUGAUACUGGAAAAGAAAAUCCUCAAGUGAUGGCUCUAAUGGAAAGCUUGAAGCAAAAGGAAGCCGAAAUCGAGGAUUUGAAGCAUCGUACAGAUGACCCAUCAAGCCCACCUGUGAAUUUAACUGAGAAUUCACAGGUCUCCAAGGGUGCAGAAGAGGGUGAGAAACUGCAUGAAUCCGCUGUAAUCAGCGGUGAAAAUUUAACAAGAAGUGAAGAUAGAAGCAAAAUUGAAUUGAAUGAUUUCCGAGAGGCUGAGGCUACAGCAAGAGUACUUGAAGAUGGCAUGCAGAAGCCUCAGGAAUCGCAUGAUGAAGGUGCUAACAAUGGAGGCCAUGCUAUUGAGGAGCCUAUUGAUGAGGGUGAAGGAAAUAAAAAUGAAGAUUCUCAAGAACAUGACAGCCAGGAUCCUCGUGAAAUUCACAAGGGUGGAGUCAAGUUAGAAGAGGCAGAUAGUUCUAGAAUGAGAGGGAAGCAUGGCCAUGCGGGUAAAACGAAGGGAAAGAGAUGGAGAAUGCUCGCGAAGAAUCGGUGGCUGGAGAAAAAUGGGAAUGCUGUAAACAAUGAAGAAGUGAGAAAGAGAGGUAGACAAGUUUUUCUAGAUGAUGAAGCUGGAUUAAGGAGCAGAAUUUCUAACGUGGGUAAACUGAAAAGAGAGGGAGUCAAUAACCCAAUGGAAGUAGGAAAAGUUGUCAGCCUUUCAGAUGGCAAAUAUCCGAAAAACAUGGGUGUGAAGGCUGAUGCAACAAAUCAGGUGGUAAAGGGACAGGAAACAUUGUUGAAAAAUCCCCAUACUUCUGUAAAUGAAGAAGUCCAGCUUCUGAGAAUGGAUGCUAGAGAGCAGACACUGGAGGAAGUGAGACAGCCAGAAGAGCACGUAGCCAGUGACAUUCAACAACAGAGAAGCAGCAGUAAUGUCGAUGAAGUAGAAAAUGAUGCUGAAGAUUUGGAAGUUGCAGCAGCAGAUGAUGAUGAUCAUUUAAUCAGGGAAUCCAGGUCAGAUGUGGAAGAAGAGUACAAAGAAGAAACGGAUGAGUCUGAGUUUUAGCUGAUAAACAUGUCCAAGUCUUUUGUUUGUAACAGAACUGUUAAAAGUAUCUGCGUGUCUCUGAGAGCAAUUCAGAUAGGAGACAAUAUUAUAAACCAAAAUUUCACGAAUACAGCGCCGAACCGUGUCGCUCCCAUCGUCUGCAUAGUCACUUACGUGUUUAACAGAAUGAUCACAUACAGCCUAGGAGGCAAACUAUUAAGAAGAAAGCAGGUAUUGUAAUGGGGUAUUUAUCAGUUUAUGUUCAGGCCAACCAUAAUCGACUGACUGAAGCACUAUCAAAAGAAUUUGGACUGAAGAAGACAGCUUCACAUUAUAAGAACAUCGAAGGCCACUGCAUCAAAUGACGGAAUAACUAGAAAACAGACAACAAAAUGAAAAGGGUUGGUUGUCUUCCAACAAAAGCAAUUAACCUCCAACUUUUAUCACAGGAUCAUUCACCACGGAUUGAUCAUAACUAGCCAACAGAAUUGUUUCUCAACUAAUAAAAUGAUACGCCAAAAUAUGCGGAAUCCAAGUCCACAACUUAUUACAAGGAAAA